AAUCAAACAAGCUCAAAAGUACUAGUCACAUGGAGAUCUUUUCUAUCUUCUCUUCAUGGCUUCUCACAGCAGUACUAGUCCUCUCCAUGUUCUUGAUCUGUCGUUAUACUCUUAAAUCUAAUAGGUCGUCCAUGGUUUCCCCUAAGCUUCCACCAAAUCCUCCAAAGCUUCCGAUAAUUGGGAACUUGCACCAACUACUAGGUAAACCUCGUCAUCUAGCCUUUUCGCAACUUUCCCAAGAAUAUGGCCCAGUUAUGCUACUCAAUAUUGGCACAAGAUCUUGCCUUAUAAUCUCUUCUUCUGCCAUGGCCAUGCAAGUCCUUAAAGAUCAAGAUCAGAUACUUUGUUCUCGUCCAAUAUCCAAGACCACUAAGCUACUAACAUACAACUAUGUGGACGCUGCCUUUUCGCCUCACAGCAAUCACUGGAGGAAAAUGCGCAAGGUUUUGGUAUCUGAAUUCGUAGGCCCCAAGAGGGCUAGACUUACUAACCAUGUUUUAUUAACAGAAGUCGAGAUCAUGCUUCGAUCUAUAUCCUUACAUCCAUCAAACAGUGCGGUAAACAUAACCGAGUUGUUUUUAGCAAUAGCAAAGGCGAUGAUUUGUAAGGUGGCCUUUGGUUCGAACUACAGAAAACGAGAACAACUACUGAAGGGUCCUUCAUUAGAAGUGAUGCUUGAUGAAGUCAUGGAAUUAUUGGAUCCAUCGUUAAGUGAUUUGUUUCCAUGGUUAGGUCCAAUAAUAGACCAAAUUAGUGGUAGGAAUCAUAUGCUUGAAAAACUUUUUAGUAAUCUUGAUGCCUACAUCCAGACGUAUGUUGAUGACCAUCACAAUCAUAUAGGCAAGGUUGAUGAUGAUGACAAGGAUUUUCUCCAUACCUUGCUUGAGUUGUCUUCAAUAGAGAAUGCUUCCCAUGACGAUCGGUUUACUAUAGAAGAAAUCAAAGCUCUUAUAAUGGACAUAUUUAUCGGAGGAAUUGAUACAACCUUUGCAACCAUGGUUUGGGCAAUGUCCGAGAUCAUUAGAAGUCCAAGAGUGAUGCAAAAGGUUCAAAGUGAAAUCCGAAAUUGCGCAGGGAGAAAACAAAAACUAGAUGAAAUGGAUGUCUCUAAAAUGACCUACUUGAAGAUAGUGGUGAAAGAGACACUAAGAUUGCACCCUCCAGCCGCAUUGUUGCUCCCACAUGAAAGCUUAAGCCAUUGUCAAGUUGGUGGUUAUGACGUCCUUCCUGAGACGAUGGUUUUCAUUAAUGGGUGGGUGAUAGGAAGAGACCCAAGCACAUGGGGGGAGAAUGCGUCUGAGUUCUAUCCAGAAAGGUUUGAGAAUCUUGAUCAGGUGGAAUUCAGAGGGGUAAAUUAUGAUAUGGUUCCCUUUGGAGGGGGGAGAAGAACCUGCCCAGCGAUAAAGACAGCUCCAGCGACUAUAGAGUUCACAAUAGCAAACCUGUUGUACUCGUAUGAUUGGAAAAUCCCUGGAGGAGAGAAGAACGAAGAUUUGAACAUGCUAGAGGAGGGUUCCCUGCUUGUCCGAAAGAAAUUACCACUUUUCCUUGUACCCACCAAGCACAACUGGGAAGACUAGCAUCACUUCCUUUUGCAAACAUCUAGAACUCAUCUAUUUUCUAGACACUUUUUAAAUUUCAGCACUGAUGUAGUACAUAUAAUUCGUAUGCAUGCCCAAUGAUAUAGUACAUGCAUGCGGC